AUGGUCAAUCUCGACAUGACGCCAGGCCAGCGGGCUGUCUUGACCGCUGUCGCCGACGCCGCCUUCCAGGCCCACGGGCCAGAGACGGUCAGCGAGAUCAAGUCGCUUCUCCCGCCAGUCGAGAGGUUUGUGCGGAGCAAGUUCAGCGACUUGCCUGGGUCGGUCGAUGCGCUCGCCCAGCAAUUCUGCACCUCGCUCUCGAAGGAGAACGUCGACAAGAUCGCCCUCACCCUCUCGCUCCUCUCGACCCGUCCCGGCACCCUCCUCCUCGCCGGCCACGCGACACCCUUCCCCGACUUGACGGUCCAGCAGCGCGAACUCGUCCUCCAGAAGUGGCGCGUCUCGUCCCUCCCGCUCCUCCGCCAGGCCUUCCGCGGCCUCGUCUCGCUCGCCCUCUUCGUCGCCUACAACCUCUACGACGAGGUCCUCUUCGCCAUCGGCUAUCCCGCUUCGGGCGAUGAGAAGCGCUUCGCCGACCCCGACCGCCUGCGCAAGCACUUCCCCUACACCUUCGAGAAGAUCGAAGUUCCCUACCAGGUCUUCGACACCGACAUGCUUGUCGUCGGAUCCGGCGCAGGCGGUGGAGUCGUCGCCUCUGAGCUGUCGAAGAAGGGAUGGAACGUCUUUGUCGUCGAGAAGGGCCAGUACGUCAAGCCGGAGGACAUGGCUGGCACGCAGCGCGACGGCUUCAAGAGGCUGUACGAGUCUGAGGGCUUGAUGGCCACAGAGGACGGCUCGAUGAACGUCCUUGCCGGCUCGACCUUUGGCGGCGGAACGGUCGUCAACUGGUCCGCCUCGCUCCGCCCUCAGCACUUCCUCCGCGAGCAGUGGGCGAAGGAGCACGGCCUUCCCUACUUCCUCUCGACCGAGUACGCAAAGUCGAUCGAAUACGUCUGCGACCGCAUGGGCGUUUCGGACGAGCACCUCGAGCACAACCGCGCGAACCAGCUUCUCGUCGAGGGAUCAAAGAAGCUCGGCUACCCUAUCUCGAAGAUCCCCCAAAACACCGGCGGCCACGCCCACGCUUGCGGCUACUGCGGCUUCGGCUGCACAUACAGCGAGAAGCAGUCCGGCACGGUGACUUGGCUCCGCGACGCCGCCGAGCACGGCGCCAAGUUCAUGACCGAGACCUCCGUCGAGCGCCUGCUCUUCGCUGCCUCCCCUUCUUCGGCCCUUCCCACACCCGAGACGCUCGACAAGUACACCCCCUCGUCGAGCCGAAGGCACUGCAUCGGCGCGCUCGUCAAGGACAAGAACGGCAACCUUGCUGUGAUCCGCGCUAAGCAGUCGACCAUCGUCUCGGCGGGUACGAUCCACUCGCCUGCGGUGUUGAUGCGCAGCGGUCUCAAGAACCCGCGCAUUGGCCGCAACCUUCGCUUGCACCCGGUCGUGUUCACGACCGGUCUUUACGAUGAGCACAUCAGGCCGUGGGAGGGCGCGAUCAUGACGGCCGUCACUGGCGUGCAGGAGAACUGGGACGGUUCGCACCACGGCGUCAAGAUCGAGGUCAUCCAGUCAUUCCCUGGAGGACAGGCAGCAGGCUUUAUCGGCUGGACGUCGAGCAAGGAGCACAAGAAGACGAUGGCGCAGUACGGCAACUUGCUCACGCUCAUCUCGAUUGCGCGAGACCGUGGCUCGGGCCGCGUCUUCCUUGACUCGGAGGGCAAACCUAGGAUGGACUACACCGUCAACUCCUACGACAGCAACUCCCUUGUGCGGGGCACGAUCGCCGCCGCCGAGAUCCACCUCGUGAACGGCGCCAAACGCAUCACGACCGCCCAAGUCGACGUCGAGGACUACGUCCCUGCUCCGGGUCACCAGUACCUCGCCGACCCCAAGUGGAAGGAGUGGGUUGCGAAGAUUGAAAAGGCGGGUGUGUACCCUGGACGGUGCGCGAUUGGGAGCGCACACCAGAUGGGCUCGUGCCAGAUGGGAGCGAAGCCUUCGACGAGCGUCGUCGACCCGCGUGGAAGGGUUUGGGGAACGGAUGGCCUCUACGUCGCGGACGCUUCGGUGUUCCCGACCGCGUCGGGCGUGAACCCGAUGAUCACGAACAUGUCGCUCUCGCACUCGAUCGCGCGGUUCAUCGACGAAGACGCGCGCGAAGCCGUCUCUCAGCCCGUCCAGGCGCAGCUCUAA